AUGAACUGCACCAAAGCCCGAGUUCCAGGGCUCGAGUUUACCAGUCAGACUCUCGCCGUUGUUGUCUGUUACCUCAUCGUAUUUCUGUUGGCCUUGAUCGGGAAUAUGUUCAUGUUUGUCAUAUUGUUCAGGUAGGUCAGAGUACAUCUCUGAUCAUGUUUAGGAAUCAAAUGGCCAAGAGGAGGAGAGUUCAUACUCUGUUGCUGCACAUGACGAUCGCUCAUCUGCUGGUGACUUUGAUUUACAUGCCGAAGGAAGUAAUUCACAAUAUCACAGUUAUCUGGUGGGGUGGGGAUUUGGUAAGGGGCUUCUCAUCUUUUUAUGAGGAACUCCGAAAACUCAUUAUAUUUGUUUACAGCUGUGCCGUUUGUGCAAAUUCUUCGACGUUUUCGGGGUUUCUCUAUCUGCCAAUAUGCUGAUGUGUCUGAGUUUGGACCGAUUUUAUUCGAUUCUGUUCCCUUUAUACGCCAUCAACGCCAAAAGAUCAGUCCUUCGGAUGAUUGGCCUGGCUUGGCUGGUCGCAUUUCUAAGCAGUUUGCCGCAGGUAAAAUGGCAGUUACGGGGUCAACCUUUUUUAUUUUCCAGAUUUGGAUCUUUCGAACGGCGAAUCAUCCUUGUUUUGAUUGGUAUACCCAAUGUGUCUCUACUGAUGUGAUUGGCCUAAUAUCACCUAAGAUUACAUUUUGGUUCUCCGUGCUCAAUAUCAUCGAAGUGUAUUUUCUACCGUUACUGGUCAUCAUUGUUUGUUACGGCAGUAUUCUAAUAUCAAUAUCCAUGAAAAGCGGUAAUCUUUCGUCCUACAAUUUUUCUAGUAAUCUGAAAAUUUCAGGGUCUAAACUAUUGAAAAAACAGAAUAAGCAGGGCUCCACAAAUCAGGCGUUAUUGCGAAGAGCCGGAGGGCAAGAUAAUUUUGAGAAAGCGAAAAACAGGACUCUGCAGAUGACAAUUGCCGUUGUCUUUGCUUUCCUGCUUUGCUGGACGCCCUACACAAUAGCCAUGUUCAUCCACUUCUUGCGGGCAUCUGCCAAUCAUCGGCCGAUCUCUCCCCUUGUCUCCAAAUUGCUGUACGCCUUUGCUGUGUUCAACUCCGCCAUCUCUCCUUAUCUUUAUGGAUAUUUCUCCUUCAACAUACGGCAGGAAUUGGAACUGCUAUUAUGUUGCUCUUUCCCGUGCGCGGGAUCUUCAAACACAAUCAGAAAUCCAUCAAUAAGGUGCAGUUUAGUCAUCGUUUUACAAUUAAAAGACGAUUUCUGAGUCACUGGAGCAAGCCGUAAUUAGACCAGGACAUAGGAUUUUUUCGAUAUUGAGUUUUUUGCAUUAUUAUGACCUACGGCACCUGUGGAGAAAAAGCGAAUCACAGUUUUCCUCAAUUCCUCUGUUAACUGUACUUUCUAUUCAAUUUUCUGUUUAUACUGUAAUUGGUCAUAACUUUCUACAAUGGCGUCCGUUUCUCAUACAAAUAAGGCUACUAUGGUUUUUGGGUAUGAUGAGUUCAAUACUAGUCGCGACAAAAAGUCCUCGCAAUUUUUCGCGAGCCCCAAAUCCCGUCGCACUCCGAAAAGUCGAUUUGUCGCUGAUUGUGAGAAAAAUGGGAAUCGCGCGCGACGUAAGGCAAAAACAACAAAAUUGCACUGAAAACUCACAAGGAAAGUACUUUCAUGGGGGCUCCUUCUUUUCGACGGGACUGAACCCAACAACGAAAAAAUCCUAUGUUACGGCUUGCUUCACAGACUCAGAAAUCGUCUUUUAAAAACUUGGAAGCGUUGGUCUAACAAUUAAUUACUUUAUAGCCGACAACGAGUCAGGGCGAUCAGACAUCGGCUUCCCGGUGAUUCGAGUGUGGAUCGAACAGAGAAUAGAUCAGGAAAUUGCACUCAAAGCUUGGUCGAACCCCGAAUUGCCAGAAUCCGAAGGUGCAGCACAAUGAUGCAAACGCCGCCUCUCGAAGCAACCUCAAGUACGAACAACACGACCUCAGGAAAUACUCUCACCGUAAAUUGA